CAGAACUACAAUAUAAAUUGCAAUGUAGACUAUAUAGGCUACAAUAGUGACUGAACUACUAAGCAAUGGAAGACAUGUAGAUAUUAUUUUGAAAUUCAGUAGUAAUUGGUGAUGAAAACAAAUUAGACCAAACAAUUUUAAUAUUCAUAUAUUAAAAUAAAUAAAAACGUUUCUUACAGAUCAAGACAAUAACAAUUCACGAAUAUACAGUACUACAAUACGAUAAUAGUCUAAUAAUUAAUUUAUCUACAUAAUUAUCAACUUCAAUGUAAUUUCAGACUAAUUGGAAUAUCCCCCUCCAGAUAAUUGAAAAUAUUCACAACAUAAAAUUAUACAAUGUUUUUAGAAUAGGUUGAAUAAUAAUAAACAAGGAGUUUUUAGAAAACUUAUAGAUCAUCUUUAUUAAAUGAAUGCUAAGAGUACGAUCAGAGAAUUGAUUACAAUUUAUGACUGAUGCUAUAAUAGGAACAAUACAUUAGUUGAAUUAUUUUUAUCCAUGUCUCAAUAUUUAUAUUUAUCGAAUACUGUAUUUACAAUAAACGAUUCAGUCAGUAAAACUAGAAUCAAGUGCGUUUAUAUUUAGAUUCUAUUAUUUUUUAAUUCAACUAACAAGAAUUUGAACAAACUAACUCAAUGAAGAAAAGCAUUAAGAUCAAGAAAUCUUCUCAAGAAUAGGGUAGUGAGUAUUUUCUAAAUAACAAAACAAUUUAAACUGUUAAUUGAAUGGAGCAAGCUCCGUACAAUUUUCAACAUCUUAAUCCUAUCUAGUCGAAUGAAGAAAGUUUUAAUAACGGUAGACAUCAUAGAAUUCAUAUAUUUCAGUAAAAAACUUAUUAAACCUUGUAAACAUUUGGAAUUGAAUUGAAUGAAACAAAGGAUUGGUUGAUUUUCAAGAUACUUUUUGUAAGUAGAAAAACGUGCAAUAGGCUUCAAUCACAACAUUAGCAUAAACAUAGUAAUAUAUUCCUAAGAAAUUCUAUAACACUAGAAAAUGUUUUCAGUUUUCUUCACUUUGAUUUAAAAUAACACAGCUAAGAUAUGAAAAAAUGGUAGGUGAUCAGUAAUCUCAUCAAUAACAAUGAUUUCAUGACCACUCUUCUCGAAAUUAAAUGGAUGAUUUUAAGAGUAAUAGAGUAAAACCAGCUUGAGCCUGCCAACGAUAUAGUCAUGGCUCAUGGGACGUUACAAACAAUCAUAUUCGAAAGUGAUAAUGCAAUAAAAAUUACUAUUAAAAAUAAAUACAAAGAAAUCCAAACCAAUAGGAAUGGUAUUGUAAAAUACAGGUCAAGAAAAACAAUAAAUAUUGUAUGUGAACCACUAUCUACUUCAAGUAGAUCAAAGUAGAAAUAUUAUAAAAUUGCAUUCAUCAUUUUCAACUAAAUUUGACUAGACAUUACAGACGAUUUUAUAAAUAAUGAAAUCAUGGUUCUUGUGUCUACGUUAAUCUGAACUGUGUAAAGGUAAUAAACAGAUAUAUGACAAUAAAAGAUGAAUGAAGAUACAGUUUUAGGUGGGCUACGAACCACAGUCAUUUGAAAUUAUUUCAAUAAAUUUCAUGUAGCACACUGAAAUUAACACAGUAAUAACUUACAUAAAUAAAAUUACAAGCUAAGUACUCAAAACAAAUUUGCACAUCAUAAAAUGACAUAUAAAGAGUAUGUUUUACCAAAUAAAAAAAAAAUUAUUCAUUUUUGAAAUGUGAUGUAAUGAGUUUUAUAACUAUCCUAUAUUAGCGUAGGUUUUACGCUUUAAAGCUCAAUAAAUAUGAAACAAAUUUAUUUUUACCUAAUAAAAAAAUGGAUUUGUAAUUGUUGAAGUAUAUCAUAAUAUAAUAUCGUAUCAAUAGUACUGCUAGAGUUUAAGAGCUUCCUUUUAUCAUCAAAGACAAGCGGUGAGAUUUCAAGUAGAGUUUUUCCUCCAUUUUUAGUACUAAUUAGCAGAGGACUUAUUUCUCAGUUACAAUUGUUAAGGCAAUUUAUAACUGUAUUGAUAAUGGACAGGCAAUUGUUAAAGCCUAGUUUCCAAUCUGGCAAUUUGCAAUAUAAUAACACGGAGAGCUGUGCCGGUACGUUAGAGCAAUUUUUCCAACUUUUCGUCUGUUGUUUCCAUGUCGGCGCAAACUGCAUGGAAUGACAAUGAAAUGGGUGCAAUGACAUCGUAGACGUUAUCUUACAACAGAGCUCUAGUGUUCUUCAGCACUAUAAAAUAUACGAGAGGUUAUCUCUAAAGUAAAGACCGUUGGGAAAUUUCUCGCCGUGAGGUUGGCUAACCUGUGUCGGCUGAAUCCAGUCUCGUAAUAUACACACUGCAUUGUUGUCUGCCAUUUGUCGCGUUGUUCUAUCUUUAUUUACGUUUCAGUUAUAGCGUUUAGAAAUGAAUGAGACAAUUGAUGUUGCCGCUGAUUGUGAAAUUCGUGGAGUGAUACGUUUUUUAAACCAUCAAAACGUUAAACCGGUCGAAAUUUAUAGGCAGUUGGUUACUGUGUAUGGUGAAAACGACUGUAAAUGCAGAAUAUUACUGUGAAACACUCUUCAAGUUACGGCGUGCCAUUCAGAAUCGCCACCGCGGACAACUAACCGACGGCAUCAUACUGUUGCACGAUAAUGCUCGCCCAAAUGUGGCUGGUAAGACGCUCGAUUUACUGAACAGAUUUGGAUGGGAAAUUUUCAGUCACCCACCAUACAGUCCAGAUUUGGCACCUUUAGAUUACCAUUUGUUUGGCAAAUUGAAAGAAUUUUUGGGAGGUAAGCAAUUCGCGGGUGAUGACGAACUCAAAGAUGCCGUGAAUCGAUGGCUAAAUGAACUGGCGGCAGAAGAAUACGACGAGGGUAUAUUAAAGCUGGUGAAUCGCUAUGACAAAUGUCUCAAUUCAUAUGGUGACUAUGUAGAGCACUAAUGUAAGUUGUGUAUUUCAUUCUGUAUCACUUUG